AUGCUAUCCACGAGAAAGUUGGUUCUGGGCUUGGCCCAAAAACGAGGCCUUGCCCAGCUGGGCAUUCGGAGAAUGGCCACGGUCAGCGAUUCUCCUCUGGACAAGAAGGUCCGCCAGAACAACCAGGAGGACGGCAACUUCAUCAAUUACAAGAAGAUGUCCGAGAAUCUCGCCAUUGUUCGGUCACGCCUUAAUCGCCCUCUUACCUAUGCUGAGAAGAUCCUCUACUCUCAUCUUGACGACCCUCACGGCCAGGAGAUCGAACGCGGAGUGUCAUACCUCAAGCUUCGACCUGAUCGCGUUGCAUGCCAGGAUGCGACCGCUCAAAUGGCAAUUCUUCAAUUCAUGUCUGCAGGCAUGCCAUCGGUCGCCAAUCCUACGACCGUCCACUGUGACCAUCUGAUCGAGGCACAAGUUGGUGGUCCAAAGGAUCUUGCCCGCGCGGUAUCGAUCAACAAGGAGGUCUACGAUUUCCUCGCUACAUCUUGCGCCAAGUACAACAUUGGUUUCUGGGGGCCUGGCUCCGGCAUCAUUCAUCAAAUUCUUCUGGAAAACUACGCUUUCCCCGGUGGUCUCUUGAUCGGUACCGACUCGCACACUCCCAAUGCUGGUGGUCUCGGAAUGUGUGCCAUUGGUGUUGGUGGAGCUGAUGCGGUGGAUGUUAUGGCCAACCUUCCUUGGGAAUUGAAGGCACCAAAGGUCAUUGGUGUCAAGCUCACUGGUGAGAUGUCUGGCUGGACCUCAGCAAAGGACAUCAUCCUUAAGGUUGCGGGCAUCCUUACUGUCAAGGGUGGAACUGGUGCUAUUGUUGAAUACUUCGGCGAAGGCACUAACUCCUUGAGCUCGACGGGUAUGGGCACCAUCUGCAACAUGGGCGCUGAGAUAGGCGCAACCGAAAUCAUGCUAAUCUGCGUACAGACUUCUCUGUUCCCCUUCAACGAUCGCAUGUACGACUAUCUUGCGGCAACCAAGCGCUCGGAAAUCGGAGAUUUCGCUCGUGUCUUCGCCAAAGAGCUGCAGCCUGAUGAAAAUGCUGAGGCAAGGCUUCUCUUUUAUCAAAUUUACGACCAGAUCAUCGAGCUCAACCUUUCGGAACUCGAGCCACAUAUCAACGGUCCUUUCACCCCGGAUCUUGCUACACCUAUCUCCAAAUUCUCCGAGGCUGUCAAGGCCAACAACUGGCCCGAGGAGCUCAAGGUCGGUCUGAUCGGUUCUUGCACAAACUCCUCUUAUGAGGACAUGUCUCGUGCCGCGUCUAUUGCACGUGAUGCUCUCGAUCACGGUAUUAAGGCCAAGUCUCUCUUCACUGUCACACCUGGUUCCGAACAAAUUCGAGCCACCAUCGAACGAGACGGUCAACUCGCAACUCUCGAGGAGUUUGGUGGCAUGAUUCUAGCCAACGCUUGUGGGCCAUGCAUCGGUCAAUGGGACCGAAAGGACGUGAAGAAGGGUGAAGCCAACUCGAUCGUCUCAUCCUACAAUCGUAACUUCACUGGACGCAAUGAUGCUAAUCCUGCUACCCAUUCUUUCGUUACUUCUCCGGACCUCGUUGUGGCGCUCACGAUCGCUGGAUCUCUGCACUUCAACCCUCUCACUGACAAGUUGAAGGACAAGGAUGGAAACGAGUUUCUCUUGUCCCCACCAACUGGCGAUGGUCUUCCAUCAAGAGGAUACGACCCCGGACAAAAUACAUACCAAGCCCCACCUAAAGAUCGCGCAUCUGUCAGCGUCGCCGUCUCGCCCACCAGUGACCGAUUGCAACUUCUUGAGCCCUUCGCUGCUUGGGACGGAAAGGACAAGCUUGAUCUUCCUAUUCUGAUCAAGACCAAGGGAAAGACUACCACUGAUCACAUUUCCAUGGCCGGUCCUUGGCUCAAGUACCGUGGUCACUUGGACAACAUCUCAAACAACAUGUUGAUCGGUGCCAUCAACGCGGACAACGGCGAGGCCAACAAGAUCAAGAAUUUCACCACCGGCGAGUACGAUGCUGUCCCAGCGACUGCCCGCGACUACAAGAAGAAGGGCAUCCCGUGGGUUGUCAUUGGAGACUGGAACUACGGUGAGGGAUCUUCGCGAGAGCAUGCUGCCCUGGAACCAAGACAUCUUGGUGGCUUGGCCAUCAUCACCCGAUCUUUCGCCCGUAUCCACGAAACAAACUUGAAGAAGCAAGGCAUGCUUCCCUUGACCUUCAUUGACCCGGCAGACUACGACAAGAUCCAGCCAUCCGACAAGGUUGAUUUGUUGUGCACGGAGUUGGCGGUUGGCAAGCCAAUGACAUUAGUUGUUCACCCCAAGGAUGGAAAGUCGUUUGAGAUUAAGUUGGCGCACACUUUCAAUGCUCCCCAGAUUGAGUGGUUUAAGAACGGAAGUGCCCUUAAUACGAUGGCAAAGUCAGCGUGA